AUGGCUCUCCUCUCUUCUAAAAACCCAUCAUUUCUUAUCAUCUCCCUUGCUUUGUGCUCCUUCCUUUUCCCGUCUUUUGUCUUUGCAACCCAACAAUGCAACCAUCAUCACUUCACUGCGUUGCUCCACCUCAAGCGUAGCUUUCACUUCACUGAUGGUUCCUUCACGAAUCUCUCCUCAUGGAAUUGGAACAAUACCGAUUGCUGCUCUUGGGAAGGCAUCACGUGUGAUGGAGCCACUGGUCACGUGAUCAGCCUCAACCUCAGCGGCCUCUGGAUCUCAGGUAGUAUUGAUUCUAAAAGCCUCUUCCGUCUUGGGAGCCUGAAGAGCCUCAACCUGGCAGGCAAUGAUUUUGUUCCCUCUCUAAUCCCUUCUGGGUUUGACCAGCUAAUCAGUUUGGUCCAUCUCAACCUCUCUUCUCUCAGAUUUUAUGGCCAAAUUCCGCUGGAAAUCUCCCGCUUGACUAGUUUGGUUUCUCUCGAUAUUUCUUUUAAUUAUUUUAUCAAUGAUUCUAGACUUGUACCCUUGAAACUUCAAAAGCCAAGCAUCGGAACACUCGUCCAAAACCUCUCGAGUCUGAGAGAACUACAUCUAGACAAUGUAAACAUCUCAGCGCAGGGUAGCGAGUGGGGUCAGGCCUUGUUCUUGUCACUCCCUCAUCUACGCAAGCUGACGUUACAAUAUUGUAGUCUUUCAGGCCCUAUCCAUUCUUCCCUUUCCCAACUCCGUUUCCUAUCUGAACUCGACCUCAGUGGAAACAAACUCUCUUCUGUGAUGCCCAACUUUAUAGGGAACUUCUCUUCCUUGACCUCACUGGGCCUUAGAGACUGCAGAUUGCAUGGAAAUUUCCCUGAGAGUAUUUUCAAGCUGCCAAACCUACAAGUCCUCGACAUGUCGGGCAAUCCACUUCUGGCUGGCAAUUUACCAGAGUUCCCUCAAAACAGUACUCUACAGAAAUUGAUACUGUCAAAUUCUGGAUUUUCAGGAAAGUUGCCAGAUUCCCUCAGUAAUCUCAAAUUCUUGAAUCAAUUACACCUGUGGAAUUGUAGCUUGUCUGGAUCAUUACCAUCCUCACUUUGGAACCUUACCAAACUGCAGUUCUUGGAUCUUUCAUCGAAUAGAUUGAGCGGACCAAUUCCUUCUUCUCAGGGAAAUGAGCUUCUGAAUCUCAAAGAGAUCAUGUUAUGGAACAAUUUUCUCAAUGGGAGCAUUCCAUCAUCAUUGUUUUCACUGCCUUCGUUACAGGCACUGGAUCUCUCAGGUAACCAACUUACAGGUCAACUUGGGGAGUUCCACAAUGCCUCUUCUUCAGAGCUGGAGUACAUCUAUUUGCAUGAAAAUAACUUGCAUGGUAUUAUUCCAAGAUCGGUCUUUCAACUUAGGAAGCUUCAAACUCUUUACCUUUAUUUCAACAAUUUCAGUGGUGUGGUGGAUGUAGGUUUAUUUCAAAACCUCAAAAACCUUUAUGGCCUCGAUCUUUCAGAUAACAACUUGUCAGUCCAAGAUAGUGGUGGCAAUUCAACCUUUCUCUCCUUCCCCCAGAUUGAAAAUUUAGGGUUGCGUUCUUGUAACAUCAGGGCAUUUCCAAAUUUCUUGAGAAAUCAAGAGGUGUUGAAUCAAUUGGACCUUUCAAACAAUAAAAUUAGUGGUCAAAUACCCAAAUGGAUAUGGGAGGUUGGGAAUGGGGUUUUAUACUCUUUAAAUCUUUCUCACAAUGUUCUGCAGGGAAUGGAACCACCAACUCCCCAUCUUUCGAGUGCCUUGCAAAUUCUUGACCUUAGCUUCAACAUGCUUGAAGGCUCACUUCCAAUCCCAUCACCAUCGAUCUUUUUCUUUUCGGUUUCAAACAAUAGCCUCCAUGGAGAAAUCCCUCUUUCAAUCUGCAAUGCAACAUCCCUAUCCGUCCUUGAUUUAUCUUACAAUCACUUCAUUGGUCAGAUUCCAUUGUGUUUGGGUGAGAUUGGUGAUACCCUUAGUGUGUUGAAUCUUCAAGGAAAUGCUUUCAAUGGCACCUUGCUUCAGGCAUUUAAGGAGGGAUGUAAUAUACAAACACUUGACCUAAGUGGAAAUCAACUCGAAGGUCGAUUACCGAGGUCUUUGGCCAAUUGCAAAAAGUUGGAGGUAUUAAACCUUGGAAACAAUCAAAUAAAUGACACCUUCCCAUCGUGGGUAGAAGCUUUGCCCCAAUUGCGCAUUCUUGUCUUGAAAUUCAAUAAAUUUUAUGGCUCCAUUACACUUCCAAAAACAAAUCAGAGUUUCCCAAUGUUGCAGAUCAUUGAUCUCUCUUCUAAUAGUUUUGUGGGUGGUUUGCCAUCAAGUAUAUUUCAGAGUUGGAAGACAAUGACUGAGGAGGAUGAAUCUCAAUCUAAGUUCCUUCAUAGAACCCUAGAUGCACCAGGGAAUAUGGUAUACUAUCAAGAAUCGGUGAUAUUAAUGAUCAAAGGACAAGAAAGGGAGCUAACAAAAAUCCUAACCAUCUUCACAGCAGUUGAUUUAUCAAACAACUAUUUUCAUGGGGAUAUUCCAAAAUCUAUAGGGAAUUUAAAGUCGCUCCGUUUGCUCAAUAUGUCGCACAACAGUUUCACAGGCCAAAUUCCAACAUCAUUGGAGAACCUAGCGGUGCUUGAAUCAUUGGAUCUAUCACAAAACAAUAUCUCGGGAGAAAUUCCUUGGCAACUGACAAAGCUAACAUUUCUCUCGAUAUUGAACCUUUCACAAAACCACCUUGUGGGAAGCAUACCACAAAAUAAUCAGUUUUUUACAUUCACAAAUGAAUCCUUCCAAGGAAACUCAGGAUUAUGUGGACUUCCACUAUCAAGAAAAUGCAUUGCACCACCAUCAAUAAUGCCAACAUUUGAAGAUACAAAUUCAGAGUUGGACUGGAAAUUCAUGUGGAUAGGAUUUGGAGUCGGGCAUGGCGUAGGAAUGGGAGUUCUUUUCUGGACUCUAACAUUAUGGACAAAGGGAAGGACUGAAUACAACAAAUUUAUAGAUGGGAUGCUUUCAUUGAUUCUUCCCUCUACAAUAUUUUCUCUAAAGCGCCGACCAUAA